AUGGCUGCGCUGUCCAAGAUACUCCCUGAGCGCUCCAUCGGGCAAAUCGCCUCGCAUCUGACCGGUCUAUACGUAAAACAUCGCACGCGCAUCUCGCGCGCCGUCUAUCUCGCGCUUUUGCUUGCCCUGGCCAAGCGCAUUCACAAUGCGGUCGGAGAACAAAAAGCCGCGUCACGCCGGCAGGCUGAGAUGAGGUCUCGGCCGGGGACGAGCGGGCUGGACAAUAAUAAUAAUACGCCGGAAAAGAAGAGUGAAGGUCCCGGGGGCAAAAAACGGGUUGAGCUCAACCGCGAGUUCUUCAAGAGUCUGUUGCGGUUACUGCGAAUUGUGAUUCCGGGGUGGCGAAGCAAGGAGUUUCGGUUGUUGGUCAGUCAUAGUAUGUUUUUGGUGCUGCGGACGAUGCUCAGUAUCUACGUGGCCGAGUUGGAUGGGCGGUUGGUGAGUAAUUUGGUGCGAGGCAAGGCAAAGGAGUUUUUGUCGGGGCUUGCGUGGUGGAUGACGGUUGCGAUUCCGGCGACUUUUACGAAUUCUAUGCUUUCUUAUCAUCAAUGUCGACUGGCUCUGCAAUAUCGGAAACGACUCACGGAUCACGUCCACGACCAGUACUUAUCCAACAUGACAUUUUACGCGCUUUCGGCAUUGGACGACCGCAUCAAGAACCCGGAUCAGAUGGUCACGGUAGACAUUUCGAGAUUCUCCGACAGCUUGGCCGAGCUAUACUCGAACUUGGCGAAACCCGUGCUGGACAUGGUUCUCUACAACUACCAACUGUCAAAGAAUGUGGGUAUGGAAGGUCUAUUCUUGAUGAGUCUGCUGGUCCAGCUCUCAGCCAAUGUGAUGCGCAUGUUGACUCCUCCGUUUGGCAAAUACGUCGCCGACGAGGCUCGACUAGAAGGCGAAUUCAGGUUCCAGCAUACGAGGUUGAUCGACUACAGCGAGGAAGUGGCGCUGUACCAUGGCCACGAAGCUGAAAAGGAUAGCUUGGACAAGGGAUAUUUUACUCUUAUUAAACACGUCAAUCGUAUCCUCCGGCGGCGACUCUAUCACGGGUUUAUGGAGGAUUUUGUCAUUAAAUACUUCUGGGGUGCCCUUGGGCUUGUGCUUUGCAGUGUUCCAGUGUUUUUCAAGAUCCCUGGUCAGAUCAGCCAGACGAUGGGAGAUCGGACAGAGAGUUUCGUCACCAAUCGACGGCUACUCCUUUCUUCUUCUGACGCUUUUGGUCGUAUUAUGUUUUCUUAUAAAGAGGUCUCUGAACUCGCCGGUCACACGUCCCGUGUCGCCUCUCUGCUCGACGUCAUGGAAGACGUCGCCGCCGGACGCUUCGAGAAGAAGCUUGUAUCCUCGGCAUCCACGGACGAAAAUGCAGCCGUACUUUCUGGCCGAGGAACGAUCACCGAAAGCCCAUCUAUCGAAUUCACCGACGUCCCCAUCGUGUCACCAAAUGGGGAUGUUCUUGUCAAAAAGCUGUCUUUUACCGUCCAUCCGGGCGACCACCUCCUAAUCGUCGGACCCAACGGGUGUGGAAAAUCAUCGCUCUUCCGCAUCCUCGGCGGCCUGUGGCCUGUCUAUGGCGGUUCAGUAAAAAAACCGACUUUUGAAGACAUUUUCUACAUCCCGCAACGGCCCUACCUAUCCCGGGGCACCCUGCGCCAGCAAAUUAUUUAUCCGGACGGUCUCAAGGAGAUGCGCCACCGGGGCGUCACCGACGCCGAUCUGUUUGAGAUUCUGUCGAUCCUGGAAAUCUCCAACGUCGUCGACCGCACCGACGGCUGGGAUGCCGAGGAAGAAUGGCGCGACGUUUUGUCCGGCGGUCUGCAGCAGCGCAUCGCCAUGGCGCGUCUGUUUUAUCACAAACCGAAAUUCGCAAUCCUAGACGAGUGCACGUCUUCGGUCACGCUGGAGAUUGAGAAAGUCAUGUACGAGAUUGCAAAGAAGUUGGGAAUUACCCUGAUGACUGUGUCACAUAGGCGGAGUUUGUGGCAGUAUCAUAAAAAGAUUUUGCAGUUUGAUGGUCAGGGUGGGUACAUUUUCACGGGAUUGGAUUGGGAGAAGAGGCUGAAACUGGAAGAUGAGAAGGAAGAACUCGAUCUACAACUCCGUGCCGUCCCUGAGAUCCAGAAACGCAUCGCGGAGCUUUCAUCAUAG